GAAGAAGUUGGCAUUGUUGCCUUAGAAGACGAGAGAGACGAGUGUGUCUGUAUACUACCGCAGUUAAUUUAAAGAAAAUUACACCAGGACGGUGUACAUUUCAGUCCAAACAACAAGGCCAACAACAAGGCCAAAAACAAGGCUUUGUUUUGGCAAGCUACCGUCGGGCUAUCGUAAACUAGCGUAGCCGUUAGCUGAAGUCAUUUCAUAAAGAAUAUACCUACUAGAAUGGAGCCUAACGUUACCGGUGCCCCGCCAGCGAAGAAAUUUAAGAACGGUGUGAUGAAGCCGAAAAGGCAUCAGCCCACUGACAUAGUCUUUACAACUAAAACCGGUGCCAUCCAGACGGUCCCGUCCCUGGAGAAGAGGCUGACCACAGUCACUGAGCCUGUGAUUGGUCUCCAGUUUGUGUGGGAAUAUCGAAGCCCAAGCAAGUCUGUUGCCCCGCACUACCAGUGCAGGUUGUGCAAGGUUCAACGGCUGCAGAAUGAAAUGCUGGCUCAUGUCAAGGGCUGGAAGCACAGCUUCAGAUACAUGAAAAAGCAUCACUCUUCCAAGGUUCCUAGUGAGGAGGAGGAAGCCGUCAAGGACCCUGCGAUUCGUAGAGCGGCCAAGGAGACCGCUGCAGAGGUGGAGAAGGCAGAAGGAAGAGGGAAAAUUCGGGUUUUGCUGAAGGAGCCCUUUGAAAUCGCAGCAUUCCAAGGAAUGCGGUCUGCGAUGUUUAAGCCAAAGAUGGUGGGACCAGGUGGCCCUGGAGGUCCAGGUGGCCGGUUUCUGGGGGGGUACCCUGACCCCAUGUUCUCUGGAGAGUUCCCUCCCCGGGGUAUGCACCCAGACUUCCCCAUGGGCAUGCCGAUGCGCCGUCUCCCUGGGGACAUGCCCAUGAGUGGCUUCCCCGACAGCAUGCCCAUGCAGCGUCAUGGUGCCAGCCCCGGGCGCUCCUUCCAGGGCAACAUGCCCAUGCGCAUGCCCGGGGAGGAGAUGGGCAUGAAGAUGCGUGGCGAGGGAGACAUGGGCAUGCGGAGGUAUCCGGAUGAGAUGCCCAUGAGGAUGAACAGCGACGGCUUCGGCAUGGGCCAGCGCAACCUCAGCCCUGGCCGGCCCUACCCAGACGAGUUCCCCAGCAGCCAGCAUGGCGGCGCUGCAGACAGGAUCAUGUCCAGUAUGCCCAAGGGCCCUGAGAGCAACAGCCUUCCCACCACCUUGCUCAAGUACCUGGAUACAUUUCGUAUUGAGAAUGAAAAUGAUGCCCAGAUUGUACUGAAGGUGACUCAGAAGCUGACUGAUGUGCUGAUGGAGUACCGGCUCAGGAGCGUGUCAACGGGGUCCACUUUGAAGAGCACUUCCUCCAGCUCCAUGAACUUCUCCGCCCCCAGGUUACCUACUGGAGGGGACAGGUACUCUGGGAAUAGCCUGUCUGGGUUGCCCAGUCUGUCAGGGCCCUCCAGAUACUACAACUGACCGCCCACCCAUUCAUCAGAGGAUUUCCCCUAUAGGAUCUGCAGAAGCUCUGCAUGCUUCAGUUUGGAGAUUUCAUUCACUGAAAUAUCCUCCACUGAAACAAUCUUCCAUGUUAAUAGUAUUGACUCUUUCCUUUUUCUUUUCUUUUUUUUUAUUUUUAUUUUAUUUUUUUAACCGAUCUCAUGUUGUGUACUUGUUUUUUUAAGUUGGACUUUAUUUUGCUUUAAACCAACCAAACCCUUUGACAAUAUUACUCUAGCAGGGUAUAACUCAUAAAUGGCUAAACUCAAUUCAUUAAUGUGCUUGUCAACUGAAUGACUCAAACUUCUUUUCAAAGAUUUCUAGAAUAUAAUAUUCACAGAUUUGCAAAAGCAAAUGCACAUUUUCAAACUUGGUAGAUUGGUAGCUAUGCUUGUUUUGUAGUUGAAGUAAUUUAUGGGGAUACAGAUGUUGCAGUGCUGUAUUUUUACUUUAAAUGAUAUGCCAUCAUCCCUGUUUUCUACUUCACUUUCAAUAAAAGGCUCAAUCUUA